AUGGCCCAGACGUUAACUGGACCUCUCCAACUGCUGCCAAAUGAGCUUAUCUCCUCUAUCGCGCUUCUACUACCACUCACCGAUGUACUGUCACUGAAACGCGCGACAUAUUAUCUACUACCAGUCCUCCAUCGACGCAUUAAUCCUUCUGCGUACCUCGAAAGUGUCGGUCCGUUCACUCGCAGUGGCGAUCUGUUGGAGGCGAUGGCGGCACAUGGAGCGGUACUUUCAGGAUCCAGAGCGCUUGACUACUUCAUCCCAGGGUCCGCCACAGACGCCUCUGACUGGGACUUCUAUGUUCCCCCUGUGCUGUCCUCCGUCCUAGCCGUCAAGCAUGCUCUAGAACGGUCAUCGGUGACGUUCGAAUCCAGCCUGGAACGAGCAGUUCGUAAGUUGAAGGAUGAAGCCUCGAUAACGUUGAAUCGGAAACAGAUACUAUCUAUCGCAUACGAGGCAUCCUUUGUUCCACGCCUAUGGUCACCAGAACAGCGAGCUGUCAUCGAUGCUAUUCACAAUACGUACCCAGAAUUGCGGGAAAUCACCCCCCAUAUUCGGACAGAUGGCUCCAUACGAUGGAUGGACAACCUCCAUCCAAUUGCCAUCCGAAGUUGUGGCUCUGUGUCUACUCUGCAGCCUCAUGAGGCACAGAGCCAUGACUAUCCGGGCCAUGUUGCGGCAAGAGUUCUGUGGGGAACAGCUCACAAGAACGGCAAAACGGCCUCGGUACAUCUUGCUCAGAAGAAGGCUGCAUACCGCUGGCGGGUUCCUGAAGCCAUCCGAGAGAAGGCAGAAGCGGCCGUUCACAAGUAUGCCGACCGAGGGUUCGAAUUUGAGACUCUCUCGAAUGAUACGAGAUGGACCAUCCGCUCUGCGCAGGACGCCGAUUCUUGUUUCGUUGCGCUGGGUGCUGAUAAGCAGUACUCUCCUUCUCUUUCUCAGAUCAAAGAGCUCAGUUGGUACCAUAAGAAUCAAUCGAUCCGGCUGUCUUUGCAGCCCAGAACGAUAGAUGCACAGCAUGAGUUGCUUUCUUUUGGCGUGGGGAUUUGCCUACGAUGCCGAGUGAAGCUGCUGACGUCAAGUCACGGUGCCCCUCCGUUAAGAGCCAGCUCGAUACCUCUCUGGACGUUGUCCAACUACUACGGCACGAUUGCUAGUGGUCAAUCCGACGAUUUCGAAGCUGUGGAUCCCACCCACUUUGGCGACGACAUCAAAGUCAUAUACUCCCGACACCUCGGGGAAUGGAGCUACACGACAUCUUUGCUGUUCGAUAUUUGCCAUGAGCUCAAUAAAGUCUCUGAGGAGAUGCGAAGCCAACAAGCCCCCGAAUCGCACCUGAGGGCCGUGGAAAUGACCGCCAGGCGCCUUUUCAACGUGGCAGGCACUACUUCGAAACUCGGCCGCUGGACAACAGGCCUCAUCAGCACCGGGAAGCUGCAGCUAGGCGAGAAGAGCCCGCACCAGCAGGCACUGAACGAAUGUGUAGAGAAGCGUGGGGAGAAGCGUGCGAGGGAGACUCCUGAACCUACUUUAGAUCCCGACUAUGACUGGCUUUUGGACGACUGUUCGUCCGACUGCAACGACUCCUGUGAUGACAGCUGUCAAGAGGGGACCGAGAAAAGGCCAUUGAAGAAGAUGCGGGCAGACUUGGAAGAUUGCUCCGAGGUCGAUGUUUCCCAAAUUGGAGAGGGCAGUGGCGGCCAGGAAUCUCCCGAGAUGGGAACGAGGCUGUCUGGCAUAUUAUAG